AUGGACCGCCUCGGAGAUUCGGAAAUGUCGAGACCCACGACCCUGAAUGGGAGACGGAUGAGGACCUUGCCCCAGCUGGAUCGCAGGACAAUGCAUCCUGGAAGACGAAUGUUAACGCUGGCGAUAACGCGGUUUAAUGCAGGAAUGGAUGGUUUCUCGGGGUCUCCUGUUGUGACGACCCUGGGACCGGCGAAACCGCAACGACUGGUGUCCGGACACGCGUCCUCGACGGAGGCGUCGUCGGAGGCGGCGCGCGAGCAUCAGAUGAUCGAGGUCCAGGAGCUGGAGCUGCAGGAGCAGGAGAUGCGGGCACUACUGUCGCCCUCCAGCCCAACCAGCAGAUGUCACUUGGGCAACCUGGCCGGCACGCCGCCGCAUCGGCUCUGCUUCGAGACGAGCUUCACGUCGUUGCGUAGCCCGUCGACGGACUUACCGCUGCAGGCCGGACGUGAGCUCAGCGUGGACUCCCGCGGUAUCCCGUGGGAGUACGUCAGCCUCGCCAGCGAGCUGCUCAACACGCCCAGGCCGGAAGACGGCAAACCACUGAGUCGUUGGGACGAUCCAACCCGUACGGCACCCUUGGCCACGCCGGAGACGCUGUCGGAGGCGUCGACGAGCAGCCCGCCGUCGCCGGUGGUGCCGGUACCCAGGCCGAUGCGACGCACCCCCAAGAUCCCGGGAAACUUGUCGACGGCGGCGGACGACCUGAAGAACAAUCUGCACUACGCGAUGCUCUCGGCGAAGAACUACUUCCUGAGGACGGGGGAGCAUGCGGGGGGCAGCAACAACGGCAGCAGCAGCGGCAAUAGCGAGGCGAGUUACGAGAGCGCCAGGAGUCUGGCCGCCGCCGGUCUUCCGCCGCCGAUCCCGAGACGACGGGACUCCGUCACCGUUAGGAGAGAACAACGAACGUGCACAGCAGCGUGUUGCAGGGACGACCUGUCGGAAAACUCAUCAACUCACACGUCCUCGCACUCCUCGAGAGUCUCCCAUACUUCGCAUCGCGUUCAGGUGGAGUUUAACGAGGAGGAGAACGACACUAACGGUUCCAGCUUGGAUUUCUACGAAGCGAAGGGCUCCUCCGGUCAGCGCGACAGUAGCAACGACGUGUUCCUCAGCGUGCGCAGUUCACCAGAGUGCAAAGGGCUCAUGGCACCAGCCACGGAUCUGGGCGCCGAGUGGAAGAAGGGAAUUGACGCCGCGGGCGUGGGCGGUGACGCCUCGCUGCCGCUUCUCCGAGGCCUCUCGCCCACACCGACCUCCGGCCAGCACAAUUCGCCAUUUUUCAAUGCUAAGCGGAAAAAGUACGUGUAUCCCAUCACGUUGGUGGGACGAGGCGAGAGCAGUGUCUAAGCCGCGUGGAUAAAUACCGGAGAGACAUAAUCAACGACCGUGCGAAGAGGCAUUCUUCACUCACAAGUCGAAGGAGCCAAUCGUAUAAUAAAGAAAAUCAAGUAAUGUGAUGCCGCCCUUGUGCGGCUCGCACUUGUGACACUUGAUUGCCUUUAACUUCGAUUAGAAGGAAUAUUUAUAUCGACGAAGGGAACUUUUAACUCAGCGAAUUGAAAUAAAAAAAAAAAAAAAAAAACCAAUCGAGGACCAUCGAGGCACGGUAAUAUAAUAGUCAGAAGUAGGUGUUUGAAAAUACAUGUGCCAAAUUCUUCCUCUCCGACUUCACAACUUUCUCUUCCUCCUUAAUCUACGAAUUUCUCAGGUAAUUCAACGCCGAACGCGUGAGAGGGAUUAGGGCGUUUCUUUAAAAUGCUUCUACGUCUUUCGCGCAUCUGGAUUGUCCAUCCCCGAUUUGAACACAGAUACCCUCUUCAAUCAUCGUUCCACUCUCUUGAUACGAAUGUUUCUAUCUUCGACUAGUAACGAGUAAUGUAUUACAAUUUUGUAAUCUUACUGCAAUAGUCACGAUUAUAAAGAAUACUUUUUUUUUUUUCAAGCAGGUAAUACUUAGAAGUAUCAAUGACAGGAGGGUACUCUCUCUUUCUCUCUUUCUCUCUCUUGUGCAUGUUCCUGAGGACAAUUUUGAAUAAUCGAGUGAUUAUUUUAACGAUAUAUUUAUUUACUGAUCGGUGAAACUAAACACAAGAUUAUGCAAUAUGAAAUUAUCCGUCUUUUUGGGGAAUUUUCAAUUCCACAUCGGAAAAUCUGCUCUCGUCUGAUGACAGAAAAAAAAUGCAUUUUUGCAACUAUAAAUUUCCAGGGUGGAUACUACCGGGAAAAACCGGGAAAACCUGGAAUUCUCAAGGAAUUUCAUUUUUAUCCUUGAAAAUCAUGGAUUCUCGUAGAAUUUUACUCAGGGAAAUUUUUUGAAUUUUAGUUUUAAAUUUAAUUUUAUCCCUUUAGAAAGUAAACGUGGCCACACAUCGAAGACCCCUGAUAUUGAAAGUUAAUUUAUUUUAAAAUUGAUAUAUAAAGACUCUUAAAUUUAAAAAACGAUAAUCUGGAAAUAAUAAAUCAGGCUUUAAGAGUCUAAAUAACGCAGAACUUGGUGCGUGAGACAAUUUAAUCUUCACAUAUGCGGUUACAUCAUACAAAAUCUUUCGUUACGUUCGAAAAAUUUUGUAUGGAGAUUAGUAAUUAUUGUACACAUGGGAAGAUUAAAUUGUUUCACGCAUCACGUUCGAUACGUUACUGGAACUCUUAGUGCCUAAUUUAUUUUAAAUUAUUUAUUUUAAAUUCUGUAUUGAGAAAUUCUCUAAUCUCACCUGAAAUUUUGAAUAAAAUUCCUGGAGAAUCCGGGAAUUCUUUUGCAAAAUCUGAGUACCCACCCUGAUCUCUCAGUCGAGAUCAAAAUGCAUAUUAUACUGCAGCACAUCGCAGUGUCGGCCUAUAUUUUGUACAAAUAUUGUUUAUUAAAAGAGAUCGCUGAUUUAUAUAUAUUUCUAAAUGUGUGAUUUGUCAAAUAAAAAUCGAAUCUUGCGUAGAUACGUUCCGUUCGAUUUUUUUGAUAUAAUUUGUGUACUGUUCUUAGAACGUGCUUUGACAUACGAAUACAAAACUACCGAUCACAUUUUUAUUACACUCUAAGCGAGUUUGCUCGAGUUUGAUGAUAAUACUUAACUGCGAAUAAUAAAGAGGUAUUUCACGAUUAUGUAGCGAAGAAAAUGCGACAAGUGUCUGGACCUCUCUCGAGAGAAUAUCUCUAAGAAUCGAAGUUUUUGAUGUUGCUGUACUUAUGUAAAAACAAACAAACAAAAAAAAACAGCACCGGGUGGCAUUUAAAUUCUAGUCAAUAUAACAUAUGCUUAGAAAAAUGUAACAUUUAUUGUAAUAUUUAUAGUAGCUUUAGGGAAAAACUCUCGCAGAAUAUACAAAUUUACAUAAUAGAAUUAUUUAUAAGAAAAAAAACAAACAAACGACGAGGAAAAAAAUGCUACGUCUGUAUAUAGUGUAUAUGCGAUUGAGAAUUAUAUCUGCAUAUUGAGUGAUUAUGUAGAAUACUCCGAAAGUUAUUCUCGAUGUAACGCGGACUCAAUAUUGCAUACCGAGUGAUAAUAAAUUACUAUAGUGAA